UCACCAUCAGCUGAGUGACUCCACAGGUGCGCUCGGUUACUAAGCACCGCACAGAGAACAGAUUUCUCUCUUUGUCUUAAACAUUUCAGUAAUUUGAGCAGCUUCUUGUUUUCUGCAAAAAAAACAUCUAAAGUUUAUGCAUUGAGCUAAAUUUAAACCUGAAAUGGGUAGACACAGGUACAGAGUAAACCGUGCAGGUGUAUUAACACACCUGAGAGAUACUCCCAUGAAAGCAGCUCUGAGCAGAAGAGACAACUGCAGGAGAUUUCUGAACAAACAGCGUUAUCAAACACUUCCAGAGGAGCCCGAGGUGGAGGAGACGAAUGUCACCGCUGUCCUCCCAGUGUUUACAAGCAUCAAGCCUGUCCACUGCAAAUCUGUGUUACGCUGGAGCAACCCGGCUUUUACAGAAAACCCCAGAGAGAAACUCUUCACAUCUGCAACGACAGCUACUGAAACAUCUGUCCACCCAGAGUCACCUGCAGGUCACCUGACCUUUAAUUUGACUCCCGAGCCCGAGGCCUUCAAAGGCUGUGAAAUGCCAGUAAUGGCGGCAAACUUGACGGUGACUCUGGGGAGCAUCACAUCUUCUUCCUCGGUGUCAGACACAACUUUCACCUCUGAUGAUGAUGAUGAUGAUGAUGAUGAUGAUGAGGAGGACUGUUACUCCUCUGCAUCCUCCAGCAGCAGUCUUCCCUCCCCAGAGAUCUCCAGAAGAGACAGCUAUGUGGAAACAUUGACUCCCUUUAAGGAGGAGCUGCUGGGGCUCCAUCUUCACGUGAAAAACUCCACCUUGCUUGAAGCGAGCCACGCUGAGAGCAUCAACAUGCAUCAUUCACCAAACCUUUCUAACAUCCUCGAUGCCUCUACGAUUUUUGCUGAAAAGACGUUUGAGAUCGAAGGACCUGAAACUGAGACCAAAAUACAUACAGACUCAUUGAAAUCAGAAAAGGCCUUCAAGUGGAAAACCCCACCAAAACUCCACAACAGAAAGCCCAUUUCGUACAGGAAGAAGGUUUGGUUCAAAAGCCCCAUCAUCGCUCAGACCUUUGAUACCAAACUCACCCCAUCUACCAGAUCAACGCCCGGCCCGGCUGAGGCCUCCAGACCGGGCGAGACCAGCUCUAAAGAAGACGCACUACGGCUGACGGUGACGUUAAAACGUUCCGUUAAAAGCAGCCCAGAAGAAGCAAAGUUCUUUGACUUUAUGGACGAUUCUGACAGGGACGCGUUCUUUAAGACGAUGAGAACGAGGUGCCUGAAACUCAGAAGUGCUCCUUUGUUUCCUCUCACAGCUCUCGAGGACAUAGAACCUGUUAUAAUGUGACACCUGAGGCCAAAAUAUGUAAAGAUUUUGGGGUUUUUUUCUCCCUUAAUGUAGAUGAGAACAUUUUAAAUAUCCUGUAAAAAAGUAGUCUGUGUGCACCUCAGGAUGUCUGAAAAUGGAAAAUGAAAUGUGAUGCAUAGGUAUAUGAGUACUUGUAUAUAUUAUUUAAAGAGGAUAAUUCAAAAUGAUGCCACACACUGCCAUGUACUGUAUCGCUUCUAAACUCUGCCCUUAUUUUUGAUUACAUAAGCUGUUUUCAAACUGUGCCGCAUGCACAUCUGGAUAUGAAAAUGCACUAAAACAAGCCCCGGAUUUCCUUUCCUUUAUUUAUUUAUUUUGCAGAGAUAAUAUAUAAUAUAGUGUCUGCUGCAAAACGACCACUAGAUGUCAGACAUGUAUUUCCUUAAGCAGCCAUCUUUUUCUCUUCUCCUGACAAUGAUUGUUUCUUCAAUUUUUCAUGUGAAAUAUAUGUUGUUUGUGUUUUAUCUGUAUUUUUUAUAUACUCUAUUGACACAAACCCACCUGUCAAUGCAGU